AUGAGGCUCCUUUCUCUCAUUUGGUGGACCUCAUGGCUCGUUCCAAGUCAUGUGCGGGCAGCAGCUGUGUUUGCUCACUUUAUGGUGGGGAAUGUUCCUACAUGGGAUGCUACCACUUGGGAAGACCACAUGCUCGAAGCUAUGGAUGCUCAUAUUGAUGCAUUUGCACUCGACAUUGCAAAUGGUUGGUAUGCCAACAAUGCUUCGUUGGCUCUGGCAUUUCAGGCUGCUGAGACUGCUGGAUUUCAACUUUUCUUCUCCUUUGAUUAUGCCGGAAAUGGAUCGUGGGUGAAAGAGGAUGUGAUCGCUCUCAUCAGUCAGUACGGAGGAUCAAGCGCUUAUUACCACUACAAUGAUCAGCCCUUUGUCUCUACAUUCGAAGGUCCAGAUAAUGCUGAAGACUGGGUCACUAUUAAAGCCCAAACAGGAUGUUUCUUUAUUCCUGAUUGGUCUUCCCUGGGUGCCAUACCGGCAGCAGCGGCAGCGGAUGGAGUAGCUGAUGCUUUAUUCAGCUGGGCUGGCUGGCCAUGGGGAGACUCGAAUAUGACUACAUUCGUCGAUGCCUCUUACAUUGAGACGCUGAACAGUUCUGGAAAGCCUUACAUGAUGCCGGCUUCUCCAUGGUUCUAUACAAACAUGCCUGGCUACGAUAAAAAUUGGCUCUGGCGGGGAGACGAUACCUGGUAUCAACGGUGGAUACAAAUAUGGUUUCUCCAGCCUGAGUUUGUUGAGAUCAUUAGCUGGAAUGACUAUGGUGAGUCUCAUUAUAUUGGUCCACUUGAUAAUAACUCCUACGGCUCAUUUCCGACCGGCCGGGCUCCCUUCAACUAUGCUGAGAAUAUGCCGCACGAUGGCUGGCGAGAGCUUCUUCCUUAUAUGAUUGAUACGUAUAAGAACGGACGAAGUCUUGUCAGUGAGGAGAAAAUUGUGACCUGGUUUCGCACCUCUCUAUCGAAUGACUGUAAUAAGCAGUGGACUACUGGAAAUACUGCUUCGCAGUUACAAGAGGAAUUUGCGCCUGAUGAAGUUGCACAAGAUCGCCUUUUUUUUACCGCUUUGCUUGCAUCAAAAGCCGAUGUUAUUGUGCACUAUAAUGCACCUACAGACAUCAUUGAAGCUGACUGGGACUAUUUGCCUCCUUCUCCAGAAGGACUUGGAGGUGUUGGUUUGUACCAUGGAAGUGUCUCAUUAAAACACGCAGAACGGGUCACAAUUGAGCUUGUGCGUGAUGGCACUACUUUCCUUACACUUACUCCUAUUCGGAGUAUUUCAGCAGAUAACUGUGUCAAUAAUCUCACCAACUGGAAUAGCUAUGUUGCUGCUAGUGAAGGCCUAGAGGUGACGGCAGAAUAUGCUGCUUUCCAUCUCGACCAGAUGAUCUGCACUGCUGGCUACAGCGUCGGUGAGUUUGACGAGAUUUGUCAAUUUACUUGCUCUUUGGGAUACUGUCCAAUUGGAGCUUGUGUCUGCACUAAUCUGGGAGUAGUGACCACAUUUCCGAAUGCCACAGGAGAAGUGGGAUACCCUGCUAACGGGGAUGCCAAUUGGGCUGGUCUCUGUACUUUCGCCUGUAACUUCGGCUAUUGCCCCAGUCAACAUUGUUCGGACAGUGUACAGCCUCAAUGGGUACCAAGUGUGUCCCCUUUUACACCCUCCGCAUGUGUGGCCGGCACUGGCGAGGGCAGUUUCUCAGGGCUCUGCAGCUAUGCCUGCAAUUAUGGUUUUUGCCCUGAAAACCACUGCGAAUGCACUGAAACUGGAGCACUAGUAACAGCUCCUGCGAUUGUGAAUGAGACUGGGGUCUCCCUGAUUGGUUGGGACUCAGAUUUGUGCAAAUGGUCCUGUGAACGUGGAUACUGUCCGGAAACCGCCUGUGCGCGUGCGGUGUUCAGAUACCCGGAUAACUCGUGCAGUGCCGCCCAAAAAGCUACAAUUGAACUUGAGAUGACGAACGCGAUUUCUAUAGCUUCCUUUGCUGCUUCUGACUUUCAAUCUGGUCCAUAUUAUGAAUCUUUCUUUCCGGACAGUGUGCGGACGAGCGCUUUCACCUCGAACGCCAAAACAGUGUUUGCGCGGUCCGCCAAGAUGCUUUCUGGACAAGCAGAGCAGUCGAACGGCGAGCCGUAUGAGUUGCUGAUUACCUGCCGUAACGUAAAACUUUGCACAAAGAAGACACAGCAGAUGGUUGCAUUCAUGAAUGAUCAGCACCAUACCAUGAACUUCUGUGACCGGUUUUUCGUUGCAGACUCCGACCCAGACAGCAAUGAUAAGAUCACGAGUACCGCCGCGAGGUUGGAACAUUGUGGAACUUUGAACCUGCGCAAAUGCUCUCGAUCCCGGGCCACAGUUAUUGUACAUGAGUCCAUGCAUACACGAUAUGUCAUGAAUCAAGCCGAGCCGGCUAAUGAUUAUGCCUAUGGCCUCAAUGGUUGCUUGAGCCUCGCAGCCAACACAUUCACUCGAGCAUGUCCUCUGUACCAGAAUCUACCGUUGCUAUGCCCAGAUCCCACAACCGGCAAAGACGGGCACUGUGAUGCAAAGUACACGGCGAUGAACGCCGAUUCAUGGGCAUUGGCUGCUGCUGGGGCCUACUUUAGCGCCCAGUGUAGCCGAGAAAUCCCUAUCUCUAACGAAGUACCCACGACCGUCAACCUUGCCUCUCAUUUAUCCAAGCGAGACACAGGUAGCUCUGGUGCCUGUGACUUAAUGGACGAUUUCAUUGUGUGGGACUACUAUUACAGCACGGACCAGGUGACUGGCAUCGUGCACUUUGGCGAUUCCUUCGCGGCAGGUAUGGGGACCGGGUCGACAGCUUGGACUUACUGCCGCUUGGGCAGUAGUAACUAUGGCCAGCUGUUAUAUAACUACCUCGAUAAUGCCAGCCUUCCAUUUGAAAACCUUGCCUGCUCGGGGGACACCACAACUGGGCUGGCGGGUAAGGUCAGCGCAUGGAAGGGCACAUCGAGCACGAAUAUUGGGACGUUGACGGUGGGCGGCAACGACGUCGACUUCAGCAACAUCCUUUACUAUUGUAUUUUGGAUCCAAACUGGCUAACCUGGGCCCCCUACAAUCGGAAAUGGUGCAAUAAUUACAAAACCAAGGCACGCAGCCUGAUGGCCGACGGUAGCAACGAUGGAUUGCAAUAUAAACUCAAAGAGGCCUAUCUGAGCAUAGUGAACACGGCAACGAACGCGGACUUCAGGCUUUACGUGACAGGAUACCCCCUCUUUUUCAACAACGAAACCAGCACCUGCGAUUCAUCCUCUUUUCACUACUGGUGGGGUGCAUAUAAAGGUCCCUGGGACUGGCGCAUGGUGUACUUGACCACUGCGCUGAGAACCGAGAUGAACGAACUGGUGCAACAGAUGAACUCAGUGAUAACAGCCGCCAUAAGCGAUGCCAACACUGCUCUCGGAAGCCCAAGAGUUGUGUACGUUGAUGUCAAGUCCAACUUUGUCGGACACGAGUUCUGCGAAGAGGGUGUGAAAGAACCAGACCCCAGUCGCGAUGAGACAUACUUCUUCCUUAGCGGGUGGAACGAUGUGAUUAUUGACAGUCAGGAGAUGACCACGUCCGCCGUGAUAGCCUCCGAGGUGGCCACCCUCAUUGCAGAUGGGCUCACUCUUCCCGACGCAAACACCUGUAACACCACACUGGGCACGGACCCAGACCCCUACGCGGUGGCCAUGUGUCGAACAGCUCUCCGCAUCGCUGGUGAUCCGGAAGGACUUGAGGCUCAGAGUUUCGCCCAGGCCGAAACAGAUAUCGCCAACAAGAAUUAUUCGAGCCAGGAUAUACCAUUGUUCACGCCUGUCAGACAGAUCAAAACCUUUCAUCCUAGAAGCAACGGCAUGCUUGCAUUCCGUGAUGCUGUCUUGGCGGCGCUUUACUUCUAG